AUGAGGGCACAUGGAGAAGCGGGAAGGCCAGUGAGCUGGAGAGGUGCAGGAGGGAAAUGGCGAGGAGGGUUUAUUUUGUCAGGAUUGGAGCUCUUCCUUAAAGAACAUCUUAGAUUUUUAUUACGUCUUAUAGCUUUGUUGAAUGUUAGCCCAACCCUCCGUGGCAUCAAUGCCCGCGCUCUCGCCUUCCAGCCAUACUCUGGAGAUGUGACGGUUUCUCCUCGUAAAUUAAAUUGGAGACAUCUUAGAUUAAUGAAUGAUCAAUCCUUAGAUGAUGUUGCUUGGUAUGUACAAGAAGGGAGACUCAUGGCUUUCCCCAAGCUACACCUCAUCAGCAACAGGAUUCGUAUUGAGAAGGCAAUAGAUCGUCUUGUUGCUGCAGUUAAUGCAAAACACCCUCAUUGCAUUUCUGCUUAG